AUGCACGACGCCAUCGACGACUUCAUCCUCACCAUGGAGCCCAGCCGUAGAAACAAGCGCUUGGUAGAAAGGAAGAUUGAAGCCAGCUCCCCUUUCCAAGAUUUCAAGACAAGAGUAGAUGAAGUGUCGGGCCACUGCCACACCAAGUGGAAGUGGGACAAGAACAAACGUGGCUUCUCCAGCUUAUCACUAUUAGGGAAAAGACUAUACACAGAAGAAUUUUACCACAGCCCCAGCAAACUACCUCAUCCUCGAGCUCCAUUUGUCCUCAAGGAUGAGUCGGAGAUCAUUGGAAUGGACGCAUGGAGGGAUGAAAUCAUCAGAUACCUGGUAGGAGAAGAACCACGUCUCAAAAUGGCAUCCAUUGAUGGAAUGGCCAGUGUGGGGAAAACAACCCUUGCCAGCCUUGUUUAUGGGGACAAGGAGAUUGGAAAUAGGUUCCAGUCCCGGGCUUUUGUGUCCGUCACUCCAACUCCUAACAUGAAGGAGGUCCUCACAACUAUUCUCCAACAAGUAGGAGCUCAACCACUUACCGACAGUGAAGCAAGGACGGAGGAACAAAUCAUCCAGGCCAUAUCGAAUUUCCUGGAGGACCAAAGGUACCUAGUAAUAGUUGAUGACAUAUGGCAUCGUGAAGAAUGGGACAUCAUCAGGAGGUCUUUUCCAGAAAAUAAUCUUGGCAGUAGAAUCGUCAUCACAACUCGUAUUGCUUCUCUACCAGGAGAUGAUUUGGAUAAUAGCAAGCUCUACAUCAGAAUGAAUCCUAGAUGGAGUUCUGAAAAGGAAAGAUGGUUUUACAGAUAUUAUGAGGAAGAUGAUGCCGCUGCUCGGAUGAAGCCUGACAUGGUUGGACAAGGUUUUGACUGUGACCAUCCUAUUCAACAAGAACAACUAGGGGUACAUGUAAAGGCAUGUGAUAUGCAAGAUAUGAUUGAGAAGCAACUUAAGCAAAGUGGAAUUCAGAACACUCCAGGGUUCGAACCGUUGGUACAGAGCUUGCAGCUUGGCUAUGAUGAUCUUCCUCACCAUAUGUUGAAGACCUGCUUGUUGUACUGUAGUGUAUACCCUGAGAAUUACCCUUUUCACAUGAAUGAUUUGGUCAUGAGAUGGGUCGCUGAAGGAUUUAUUUAUAAAGAGGAUACAGGGAAAGGUUAUCUCGAAGAGCUUAGCAACAGGGGAUUUAUGUUUCGUCUGAAGGAUUCAUGGGGCAUGCCCUACUACCAAAUGAACCCGAUGAUGCGGAAUUUCCUUAGAUGGAAAUCACGUGAAGAUAAUUUCAUUAGUUGCAGUUCCGACAUCACACUGCCAUAUGCAUGUCGCAUCCAUCGGCUAUGUAUUGACGAUUAUCUAGUUGAUGGCGGUGAGGUGCAGGUGGUGGAUACCUUGUUGGAACUGGAUUGGUCCCAGAUUCGAUCUCUUGUUGUUUUUGAAGGUGCUAAGAGAUGUGUCCCUUUUGAGAGAUUGGAACGUGUGCGCGUGCUGGAUCUUCAAUAUCACCAUCAAUAUCUUGAUUUUGAAAAGUUACGUUUGAGUUCUUUUGUGGAUUUUGUAUUCAAUGCCCUUGGAAAUCAGCAUGUGAAGGAUAUAUGUGGGCUGCUCUCUAUGAGGCACAUAUUCGGCCUAGAAGGGACAGGAAUCAGUGAGAUACCACCGGAAAUAGCGAGGCUGCAUCAUCUGGAGACUUUGCAGAUAAGAUUUACAUGGAUCACAGAGUUACCCUGUGAGAUUGGAGACCUACAACAGUUGAAGACUCUGGUCGUGAGUUGCAACGCUGAGCUGGAAAAGCUGCCCAGGGAGAUUGGGGGCCUGCAACAUUUAGAGACUCUGGACCUGAGCUUUAGUAGGCUCACGGUGCUGCCACAUGAGAUCGGGAACCUCCAGAAUUUGAAGAAUCUGAACCUGCAUGCCACCGAACUCAAAGAGCUGCCCCAGGAGAUUGGGAAGUUGCAGCAUUUAGAGACCUUGGAGCUGAGCGGCAACAGAGGGCUCACACAGCUGCCUCGUGAGAUGGGCAAACUGCAGAAUUUGAAGCAGAUGCUCUUGUAUAGAACAGGGGUGAUGAAGAUACCAAGGGAAAUUGGAAGGCUAAAGAAUCUGGAGAUUUUGGAACUAGGUGCGACCAUCGGUGCUCUACCAUGGGAAGCUAGUCAGCUUUUGAAAUUCGAAGGAGUGCCGGAGUGCUUUCGCCAAGCCUGGAAAAAUAGUGAUCUUGUGUCUGAGCUAGCUGGGGAGAUCCUGUCCAUUCAAAUGAUUGCUUGGGACGGUGAUAGGGGUGGCAUAAUCAUUGGCAGAAAACACAUGAGAAUUCCAUGGUGGAUCAAGGAUCACUUCAACGACCUUGGUUCCUUGGAUAUCAGGAUAUGCAAACUGGAGGAGCGGGAUCUCAAGAUUCUGCGGGAGAUGCCUAACCUGGAUGACCUCAUGCUAAGGCUGGAGGUCGUCCUGAGAGAUCCCAUAGCCAUCAGCGGUGAAGGGUUCCCAAGGCUCAGGAAACUGGUUGUUGACUGCCGCGUGCCACGAGUUGUCACCUUUCAGGAAGGAGCGAUGCCCUUGGUGAGACAUCUCUACUUGGAGUUCCAGUUCUACGGUGGCCCACCUCCACCUGCAAAUAAGGACCCUCAACUGGGUAUCAAACACCUCCGGAGCCUCUACCGGGUCGAAUUUAAAUGCAGCGGGAAAUGGUAUGAACGAGCAGCAGAGAGGAGCCCGUGCAUGAGUGCCAUGAUUGACGUGGUGAGGAAAGAAGCCCAGGAGCAUCCCAACGAGAUCCUCUUUCGUGUUACUGGCCGCCAAUAUGAGGAAUUUCUAGCGAACAAGAGUGCACAGGCUUCCAGCAGUGGGACAAGCAAGAUCGACGGCACUCCAAAUAGUGGGAGGGGCGAGAUCCAGGAGGAGGAACAGACUUUUCCAGCGAUCAAGGAGAGGGCAGAGGCUUCCAGCAGAGGGACGACUGGCGAGAUGCAGGGGCAGGAGGAGGAGAUUCAGGAAGAAGCGUGA